GAGGAGGAGGAGGAGGAGGAGGAGGCCAGGACCUGUGCCGGCGCCUCGACAGCGUCCUGCGGUGCCAGCCCUCCCACGUCGUCGUCCUGGUGGGCACCGACGACAUCAAGGCGGACCUGUACGAGUUCGAAGGCUGGAUGUACGAGCUGGCCCGCGGCAGGUCGGGCGGGCGCGGGCUGGAGCCGUUCGAGCAGGCGCUCGUGGAGCUCAGGGACCGCCUCCUGGAGUCCGGGGCCCAGGUCGCGCUCGCGUCGCCGCCGGUGCUCGGCGAG